UCAUACCGGAAGUUUAGCUGUUGUUGUCACACUGGAAGAAAAUGGCUGCUGCUCCGACUUUUUUUCAAUGAAGACACUGAUAUUUCAAUUUCAUUUUAUUUUCUUGCAUUGGAGCUACUGUCGACCGCUAUGCAAUCCUGAAGGCAAGUCGAUCCUAUUCGCUGAGACUGACGUCGCUGUAUCAGGUUGUUUCUCAGACGACGGGGUGAAUGGUCACUCUAGCAAGGUGACAGUGUGGGGCAGAAAGGACAGCAUCGUAUACUGUCAUUCGCCUUGCAACUGGCGGUGGACCACAAUGCAACAAGUAUUGGAAUAUGCAUUGGAUCGAGCCGAGUACAUUGUUGAAAGUGCUCGACAACGACCAGCCAAAAGAAGAAUUUCAUCAGGUGGACGGAAGAGUUUGUAUCAAAAGCUCUAUGAGCUAUACAUCGAGGAAUGUGAGAAAGAGCCAGAGUUAAAGAAUCUGAGGAGAAAUGUGAAUCUACUGGAGAAGCUGGUGUCUCAGGAGUCUGUAUCAUGUCUGGUGGUCAAUUUGUACCCAGGGAAUGAAGGCUAUUCUUUAAUGCUCAGGGGCAAAAAUGGAUCUGAUUCUGAAACCAUCCGCCUGCCAUAUGAAGAAAGAGAGCUGUUGGAGUACCUGGAUGCUGAGGAGUUACCUCCUAUUCUGGUGGAUUUGUUGGAGAAAUCACAGGUGAACAUCUUCCAAAGUGGCUGCGUAAUAGUAGAGGUGAGAGACUACAGGCAAACUGGUAAUACCAAGAUUCCCACCUGUCAGAGCAGACACAUCCUGCUGCGGCCAACCAUGCAGACUCUAAUAUGUGAUGUCCAUGCCAUGACCAGCGACCAUCACAAGUGGACACAGGAUGACAAAUUACAGCUUGAGAGUCAGUUGAUUUUGGCCACAGCUGAACCUCUGUGCCUGGAUCCCUCAAUUUCUGUUACUUGCACAGCCAACCGACUACUCUACAACAAACAGAAAAUGAACACUCACUCUAUGAAACGAUGUUUUAAGAGGCACUCUCGAGCUGCACUGAAUAGGCAGCAGGAGCUGUCCAAUCUGCCUAUGCCACCACAGCUACGACUUUAUGACUACCUACAGAGGAGGAAGGAGAGGAAACCUGCUCCUGUCAUAGACCUGAAGAUCUCAAAAGCUGGAAAUUGUGUAGACAUGUGGAAGCAGAGCAACUGCCAACUAACUGCACCAAAGGAGAUUGAUGUGGAAAAGUAUGCUGUGGUUGAGAAAUCUUUGCAGUUGGAAGACUCUCAGCCCACCACUGUCUGGCCUGCUGAAGAAAUUAUAGAUGACUAUACAUUUGAGUGUGAAGUAGGAGGCCAAGCUCAGAAGACCAAGGUGUCCAUCUUCCAGUCAAAAGGAGACCCACUGGUUUAUGGGAAGAUCUACUGCACUAAAGAACCAAAAUCAGAGGAGGAUAGCACAGAUCUAAAGCUCAUACAUCCUCCGUUUCUCAUAGGGUCAAAGAUAGAUGCAGAAAGGUUUCUUACUCAGUACAAAGGAGUGUAUGAGAGAGAUGUGAAAUGUCAGGUCAAGAUGUCUCAUAACUCAGGCAACGUGGGACAAGGGCCUCCCUCCCCCAGCAAAGAUGAAGGUGAUGGUGUUUCUCCACUGGUCCAGACGUCUGUGUUGGGAAAAGGGGUGAAACACAGACCCCUUCCCAUUAAACUGCCUUCAGGAUCAGGCAGCAGCUCCUCAGGUAAUCCAUAUAAUUCGCAAACCAUUAGUAGUCUACUUAAGUGUCCUACGCCGCCACCUCCAGCCAAAAGCCAGUCUCUUAACAGGAAGCACUCCAUGGAGUUAGGCCAGGUGGGCCUGUUGUCACCUGCUUCCCUCUCUCCAAUGGGAUCCACUCAUGGGAGAUCUGGGACCCCAAAGCCAUCAACACCAACACCAACUAACACGCCAUGCUCAACCCCGCAUCCCACAGAUUCGCUCUCUGCCCCCCUCUCAGUGACCCCCACACCUUCAGACCCUACCAUGGUUCAGAGCCAGUCUCAGCCUGCCCUCCUUACACCUUUCGCCCAGCAGCAACUUGCUCUAAGUCAGCCCCUUCCAGUCAUGACCAUUCCCUUGCCCACCAUAGGUACAUCUAUCACCACAGGAACCACCUCGUCCCAGGUCAUGGCCAAUCCAGCUGGGCUUAAUUUUAUCAAUGUGGUCGGCUCUGUCUGUAGUCCUCAGACUUUAAUGAGUGGCUCCAGCCCCAUGCUUGGUCCAGGGCUUAACCUAAGUGGAAUCAUACCACCUGGAGGGUUGAUGUCAACCAUGCAGUCUGCAACCCAGGCUGGGAGUCCUUUUGGCCUGAACAACAGUGCUGGGUUGAGACCACUAAAUCUGCUACAGAUCCCCACUGGUCCUCUCAUCUUUAACUCUCUGCAGCAGCAGCAGCUACCCCAGUUCUCGCCUCAGCAGAGUCAGUCCACCACGUCCAGUCCUCAACAGCUAGGGGAGACGAGUGACCAAGGAUCAGAUCAAAGUUUAGGAAACCAGCAAACAGCUGUCAUCAACCUGGGGGUUGGAGGCUUCAUGUCUCCACAGGCAGCAGUGCUGUCCCAGUUGGGCUGUGGGCUGGACGGGUCUGGGCCCCCCCUGCCUUCUCCAAGGCUUCAGCAGCAGCACCAGCCACAGAUCCAAUUGCAAUUCUUGCAGCACCAAAUGCAGCAGCAGCAAAUGGCUAUGGGAGCAGCACCUCCUCAGGCGGGAGCACCACAACAGCAUACCGCCAGCCACCCAAGAAGUAAGAGGAAGAGGAGCACACCACAGCCCCUCCCUAAGUCAUGACAGACUAAAAUCCUUUACCAUCUUCAUAAGGACAUGAAUGAUCCAUACUGUGCUUUGUCUGCCUCACUGUGGAGAUAGCAGACAAAAAAGACUUGUUUGUUCUUUGUCUUUUCUAGCUGACAUAUUUGUAUGUAAUUGUUUUCAGAGGUUUUGGAAAAUGAAAACCGUGCAUACUGUU